GCAGAGCUUGCAUCACAUCCGCCGCCUGGGCGCCCAAUUCCGGAAGGUGCAGCACAUCUGUGGCGGCGGGUACUGCGUUAGUGAUUAGGGUUUCUUCCCUGCCGGAGGUGGGAUACACGGUAGCAUCAUGGUCGAGGUAAAGUGACACUGGGGCUCUCAAGAGUCGUUUGUCUCUGGACUGUUUUUUUGGCAGUGGGCGUGGGGGAUUGAGAGUACUUGGAGUCCAGAGAGAAAAGAGGCUACGAGGGGAACUAUUUGGCCAAGGCCGGGUGGUCUCUUCUUCGGGUUUUCGGGGAAGAGGUAGAAGCCGGAUGAGAACCCGAGUCGGAGGUUCAGUCCGGCCGCGAAGCCUGAGGUAAUCCGUCCAGUCCUCGUUUGACUCUUGGGAGCUGGAAACUGUCCUUGGAGGCGGGGCCUCUGUUGGUGUUCGACCACUGGUACUCGCCGCCCUCGGGGCAGUGUCAGUGAUUCUGUGCCCUAAAAGAUUGGUAGUCUUCUCUAUCUUGCGUUCAGGCCGUCUCUUAUUUCACCUCUACCCCCAGAAAAACUUGCCAUUCUUUACAUCUUUCCCUGGCAUGAGCAGCCACGCUGUUAGCUGGUCUUGUCCAUCUUACCCCACAUGUUUAUUGAUUCCAUUCACUCUUCUCCAUAUCCGCUGCAGUCCACCUUAAUCGAGACCAACAUCAUGUUUCACCUGGACUGGUGCAUUAGCUCCCCGUUGGUUGGUUUCCUUGCUUCCAUUUUGUUCUAUAAGUUGUUCUGUUUAAAACGUAAGUUGUUCAUACCUUUCUUGUUUAAAACCCUUUACUGACCCUAUGUUGCUAGAACAAAAUAUAGGCUGUUGUAAUAGUCUAAAAGACCUUACCUAAUCUGGACCUUGUCUACCCUUGCAACUACAGAGCACCAUCUCAUCCACCAUACACAGCUGUACUGCGCUCCUUGUAUUAUUUCAGUUAACUGAACUUUUUUUUACAUGACAUUUCCAUCAGCCUGGUUCGUUCUUACCUCUGUUUUGUGCAAGGCUAACUCCCUUUCUGCUUAAAUAUCACCUUAGUGAAAUCUUUCACAAUUAUACUUAGUCCUUCGAUCCCUGACUCAGCGCCUUGCUUGUUGCCUUCAUAGCACUUGUCAAAAUGUGGAAUUAUUUUACUUUUUAUUUGUCUGUUUCCUCUUGAGCACAGGGACCAUGACCACCUUUUUAUCAUUCUAUUGUGAGAUUCUAGCACAAUACCUGCCAGACACACAGUAGGAGCUCAGUAAAUAUUUAUUGAAUAAGUUAAACUCCGGCAUCACUCAGUUGCUAUACCUGAGGUUCUAGCCAAAGAGGAGCUUCCUCCUCUUCUCUGAACUUGACUCCUGUAGCUUGCAACAAAUAGCUAUGGAGGUACAGAAACAUUCUGUACACACCCUUGUGUUCAGGUCAUUGAAGAGGACCCAUGACAUGUUUGUAGCUGAUAAUGGAAAACCUGUGCCUUUAGAUGAAGAGAGUCACAAACGAAAAAUGGCAAUCAAGCUUCGUAAUGAGUAUGGUCCUGUGUUGCAUAUGCCUACUUCAAAAGAAAAUCUUAAAGAGAAGGGUCCUCAGAAUGCAUCGGAUUCAUAUGUUCAUAAACAGUACCCUGCCAAUCAAGGACAAGAAGUUGAAUACUUUGUGGCAGGUACACAUCCAUACCCACCAGGACCUGGGGUUGCUUUGACAGCAGAUACUAAGAUCCAGAGAAUGCCAAGUGAAUCAGCUGCACAGUCCUUAGCGGUGGCAUUACCUUCGCAGACCAAGGCUGAUGCAAAUCGUACUGCACCUAGUGGAAGUGAAUACCGACAUCCUGGGGCUUCUGACCGUCCACAGCCUACAGCAAUGAAUUCAAUUGUCAUGGAGACUGGCAAUACCAAGAACUCUGCACUGAUGGCUAAAAAAGCCCCUACAAUGCCAAAACCCCAGUGGCACCCACCGUGGAAACUCUACAGAGUUAUCAGUGGGCAUCUUGGCUGGGUUCGAUGUAUUGCUGUGGAACCUGGAAAUCAGUGGUUUGUUACUGGAUCUGCUGACAGAACUAUAAAGAUCUGGGACUUGGCUAGUGGCAAAUUAAAACUGUCAUUGACUGGGCAUAUUAGUACUGUGCGGGGCGUGAUAGUAAGCACAAGGAGCCCAUACCUGUUCUCUUGUGGAGAAGACAAACAAGUGAAAUGCUGGGAUCUCGAAUACAAUAAGGUUAUACGGCAUUAUCAUGGACAUUUAAGUGCAGUGUAUGGUUUGGAUUUGCACCCAACAAUCGAUGUGUUGGUAACCUGUAGCCGAGAUUCAACUGCACGGAUUUGGGAUGUGAGAACUAAAGCCAGUGUACACACAUUAUCUGGACAUACAAAUGCAGUUGCUACAGUGAGAUGUCAGGCUGCAGAACCACAAAUUAUUACAGGAAGCCAUGAUACUACAAUUCGAUUAUGGGAUCUGGUGGCUGGAAAAACAAGAGUGACAUUAACAAAUCACAAAAAAUCAGUUAGAGCUGUGGUUUUACAUCCAAGACAUUACACAUUUGCAUCUGGUUCUCCAGAUAACAUAAAGCAGUGGAAAUUCCCUGAUGGAAGUUUCAUUCAAAAUCUUUCCGGUCAUAAUGCUAUUAUUAACACAUUGACAGUAAAUUCUGAUGGAGUACUUGUAUCUGGAGCUGACAAUGGCACCAUGCAUCUUUGGGACUGGAGAACUGGCUACAAUUUUCAGAGAGUUCAUGCAGCUGUGCAACCUGGGUCUUUGGACAGUGAAUCAGGAAUAUUUGCUUGUGCUUUUGAUCAGUCUGAAAGUCGAUUACUAACAGCUGAAGCUGAUAAAACCAUUAAAGUAUACAGAGAGGAUGACACAGCCACAGAAGAAACUCAUCCAGUCAGCUGGAAACCAGAAAUUAUCAAGAGAAAGAGAUUUUAAUGAAUGUGGAAUUUUUUCUCUUUUUUUUUUUUUUUUAAUUAAAAAAAAAAAGCUUGGCGUUGAUGAGGAUAUCCAGUCAUUUUGUGUUCUGGCUGGGAAUAUAAAGGAGAAAUUCACUUGCUUCAAUCAUUGCUGCUUCAUAUUUUACAAUAAACUGUCCCCUGUCCCCUA